UGUGAUUUUUAUAUUUUUCUUAUAAAUUUCACAAUUUCACUUCAACAAUUCUUCAUUUUUCUAUUAAUUCUCAGACUCCGGCACGGUUGGAAAGUUGGAAAAAGUCGUUAGGAAUUGCAUUAAAAGCAAAUGAUUAUAUUUGCCAUCUUCAUUUUAAAGAAGAAAAUAUAAAUAUGUACGAAAAGUUAACUAUUAAAGGAGAGCUCAAAUAUAUUCCUACACAAAGAAAAACGCUUAAGGAAGAAGCUGUGCCCACGAUUGAGCAUCAGUUUAUUCCCAUUCCCGAACAUGAACUCCAAGCCAAUACUAUUCACAUAGAGGAAUCUUUCGAACCAUACCCCAAUCAACCUAAGGACGAGCAGCAACAACAAAUCAAUGCCGAGCAACAGGAAUUAUCAGAAGAUCAAAAUGAUUCUAAUUAUUUAAUGGAUUAUGAAAUGAUACAACAGGACUUUGCGGAACCAUUGUUUAGUCAAUAUCAGGAUACUAAUGUAACAAUAAAUCCAAUAGAGAAUUUUAAAAGUAAGUUUCGGGCAUUUUCGUUGUUGCCGCCUUUUUGGCUACAUGCAGAAAAUCCUAAUGGGCUGGAAUUUAUGCGAAUGGAUCCAAAAACUCAGAAGAUUAAACAUCAUAUACGUUUAAACGAUGAUCUAACUGUCACUGUAAUUUUUCCCAAUAAUGAACAAUUGCCACUAAAGGAGAAAAUUAAUUCAUAUGACAACACCUACGAUUACUUAAAAUCGGUUGAAAGAUGGCCUUUGUGCGUUGGUACUCAGAUUGACGACAAUAAAUUUUGUAAAGGUGUGAUUAUUGGUGAUGAUACUUACGAAAGAAAUCAACAGUACCCAAGAUGUAAAUCUUGUCGAAUAUUACGAAAUCGUUUGCAGAACCGUAAUUCCACUUCAACUCUAUUACAAAAAAUGGCAGAAGCUAAACGGCGCGCUUCAAAUCUUGUACAUAAAUGCAAGCGUCUGAAGAGGACGAAUAUCCAAUUAAGAGAGAAAAUUUCCUUGGCUAAGGCGCAGUGUGCAAAGAAAUCGGAUACCGUAGUACAAGCAUCUAUUUCAAAACUACCUGAAGAAUUUCAAAAUGCCGUGAGAUCAUGUUUUGAAGCCGCGAAAAAAAAUAAUACAAAAGGUCGUCGAUAUACGUUAGAAUGGAUUUAUGAGUGCAUGUUGAUACGUAUAAAAAGCAGGAAUACGUAUGAAUUUAUACGUAAAAGAAAUAUUUUACCCCUUCCUUCUGUACAAACUUUAAAUAAGUAUCUCAGCAAAAUCAGCUGUUCUGCAUAUGGAUUCCAAUCCUCUACUUUCUUUAGUUUAAAAGAAAGAUGUGAGGCGAUGAAGAAGGAGGAGAAACGAGGAGUUAUUUUAGUGGAUGAAAUGAAAUUAAGUGAAGGCGUUUAUUUUGAUUCUCAAACCAUGAAAUUUAAUGGUUUUGUUGACCUGGGGCAACACACUCCAGAUAAUUUAAAAAAUACAACAGCGGACCAUGCUUUGGUGUUCAAGUUUGUGCCUUUUCGAGACCCCUUACGGAACUGUGAAAAAAAGACAUUGGGAAGCGGUAUUAGAGGAAGAGAAUUAUCGUCAGCCUAA